AUGAGAUUUGGUCCCCGUCUUCUCUACCUCUUUCCUCUCUUCAGCAUCGGAGUAUCAGUGAUCCUGGACCAAAGGUCAGGGUCAGACUUCGCUGAAGAAGAUCCCAGAACCUUUAGUGAAGCUUUUGGCACCUGCUUGUCGAAAAAGUCCUAUGGGACCAUCGAGUGUGCAAAUCGAGGAGCUCUCAGUGUCCUGCAGACGAUGAACGAGAAGGCUGAGCUGGAUUUCGGGGAGAUUAGGUUGUCCAGGUCUUCAGGGCAGGCCAGGGAUCUUCUAGACUUCGAUUAUGAUCCCAAGGACUUUGGAAAUGUCGUCAAAGCCGCCGCAAGGUUAAUGGAAGGACGGAGCUUGAAGUGGGACCUUGAUGGGAUUUAUCCAGGCUUGAAGAUGCAAGUUGGACCAACGCUUGACAGAAAUGGAGUGCUGGAAUUUGUCGUCAAUGACAGGGGUCCUGCUUUUGCUGAUCGUGGAGCUGGAAACGGUCGUUUGCUGACGAGGAACCUGAUCCUGCCACUUCUUCUGGGCGUGAAAUUCAGCCUGGCGUCCUUGGUGCCCUUGAUUUUCGGCCUGCUCCUGGUGGUCUCCAAGAAAGCGUUGAUCCUGGCGAAGGUCGCCAUUUUGUUGAGCGGUUUCCUCGGCUGGAGCUCGUUUUUCACGGGCUCGCAAGAUCAGCACCAGCCGCAGACUUUCCCAGGACAUCCUGGGUAUCCAGGAUUCGGAUUCGGGUCCAAUAUUCCCGAGACUUCGUAUGCAGAUCAUGGAUUUAAUUAUCGACCCUUCAGGGAGGUUCAACCUUCCGACUUCGCGCCGUACGAUCAGCACGUGAUAAGGGACGUCGUCAACGUUUAUGGCGCGGAUCACGAGGAUUCCAGAAAUGCAGAAAGAGGGAAGAACUUCGCAUGGCAGAGUGCCGAUCCCUCCGAAAGAGCCUCCAAGAUGUUGGGCGACUUCGGGAAGCUGCUGGUCCUGGGUCAGCUGGUCUGUCUUUUGGGACCAGCUCUCGGUCGCAUGGACUACAUCAAGAUUUUCGAGAGGUGCACCGAGGAAAAGAACACGUUCGAUUGUCUGAAACAGCGGGCCGUGGAUGUGCUGGAUUCUGCCAUCAAGGACGACUCCGUGUACGUGAUAAACGACUUCGUGGCCAUCGGUCGAGACCCUAAUUCGCUGCUGAAGCCCCUUGCCGAGGAUCCCGACAACGCCACCGGAAGAAGCAUCGACGAGGAGCUGGACCGGAAGUUCCACGAGUACCUGGCCUCCAGGAGCAUCCGCUUGACGAUCCCUGGAGAUACCUUCGAAGGCCGCAAGAAGAAGGACAAGGGCAUGGGCGGCGCGCUGAUGAUGGGCGGCCUCGCGCUGGCGGGCAUGAUGGCGCAGCUUGCCUUUGGCAAAAUCGCGCUUCUGGCCGGCACGGCGCUGGUGACGGCGAAAAUAGCGUUGGUGAUCAGCGCCAUUAUCGGACUGAAGAAGCUUGUGCACGGUGGUGGAGGUGGUCACGAGGUUAUCUACGCCACUGCAUCGGAGCAUCAUGGCGGAGGUUAUGGAGGAGGAGGAGGAGGCUGGCAGAGGUCAUUAGACGCCGUUCCGACGACCUGA